AUGGAGCACACGUACGGCGAGGUGAACCAGCUGGGCGGAGUGUUCGUGAACGGGCGCCCGCUGCCCAACGCCAUCCGGCUGCGCAUCGUGGAGCUGGCCCAGCUCGGCAUCCGGCCCUGCGACAUCAGCCGCCAGCUCCGCGUGUCGCACGGCUGCGUCAGCAAGAUCCUGGCCCGCUACCACGAGACGGGCUCCAUCCUGCCCGGGGCCAUCGGCGGCAGCAAGCCGCGGGUCACCACGCCCGCCGUGGUCAAGCACAUCCGCGACUACAAGCAGGGCGACCCCGGCAUCUUCGCCUGGGAGAUCCGCGACCGCCUGCUGGCCGACGGCGUGUGCGACAAGUACAACGUGCCCUCGGUCAGCUCCAUCAGCCGCAUCCUGCGCAACAAGAUCGGCCCGCUGGCCCCCGCGGGCCCGCCCGCGCCCGCGCUGCCCUGCGCGCACCUCUACCAGUGCCCGUACCCCGGAGCGGCCAAGGCCGGCCCGCACCCCCCCGCAACCCUCGCCGCUCCCCCGGUGCCGCUGCCCCGCUCCUGGCCCUCGGCGCACUCCGUCUCCAACAUCCUGGGCAUCCGCAGCUUCGUGGAGCAGGCGGGGGCUCUGGCUGGCACCGAGGGGGCCGCGUACCCCCCAAAAAUGGAGGAGUGGCCCAGCGUGAGCAGGAGCGGCUUCCCCGGGCCGGGCCAGGCGGUCAACGGGCUGGAGAAAGCUGCGAUGGACGGCGACAUCAAAUACCCGCAGCCCGGCGCGGGGCUCUCCUCCAUGGGCACCUUCCUGCCGGCCUGCGCUUACCCCCCCUCCAGCCAGCCCGGCGUCUACGGCGGCUCCCCCGGAGCCUACAUCGGCCCGGGACCCCCCUGGCAGCCUCAGGGGACCCCCCUGGGCCACCACGGCCACGGCGUCACCGGCCCCGGCGGCGAGCUGGCCACGGCCUUCAAGCAGCCCGGCAGGGAAGGGCUGGACAGAAAACCUCCCAGCCCCGUGGGGAAAGCUCCGGAGCCCCUGAGCGCCAUCCACGGAAUCUCCAUCCCGACCUCCUCGUCCUAG